AUGGGCGAUUGCCCUAAAUCCCCACACAGGCGUCAUACCUCCACGCUAGCGUCGCCCAAGUCCAACUUUUGCGCUUCUUCCCCUCAGCCCUGUGUCAAGCUCAGCCCUACGACCCCUGCCCCGAAGUCGCUUAUCAAAACCCUCCUCUCAUCUAUAAUCUUCAACGCCUUGAGAUUAAAAUCUCACAAAUACCACGUUAUGGGCUCAAGUGACCCUGCUUUCAACCAGCCGCCCCAACAGAGCGAUUCAGAUGCUACACUUGUCAAUUCGGAGCCUAGCGAAGGCGGGGUUGUUGCGGGUGUAAAGAGCCAGAUUAAUUCUAUGACUGGUGGGAAAUCAGUGGCAGAGCUCCAGGACCAAGCAGUGGGUAUAGCCAAGGAAAAUGCUGUCGCUGUGAAGGAGACUGUCAUGGAUAGCGCAGUUCCUGCAGCAGGAGAGGCAUUACAAAAUGUGGGGAACAAGGUCCGCGAGCUGGUGGGCGUUGAAUAUGAGACUACGAAAGAAACUAUAGAAGAAGAGAUCGAUCAGGCUCCGCAUCCUGAACAAAUCGAUAAUAUGGAUGAAGAGAAGCUUUGCGAUUUCCUUCGAGAGAAGCAUUCGAGCACUGCCCCUCCGCCGAAAACGAAUUGA